GCCUCAAACCAAACCAAACAGUGUUAGUCUAGUUUAAGUUUUGCAAAUUGUAAUUAAUUGAUCCAAGUUACAUUUGAUAACAGUUACUAUGUAAAUUAAAUAAUUUAUUUUAAAGCAUUUUGAGUCAAAAAGGAUAGCGACCAUGUACACUAAUUCAAUUUUAUAUUAGGCCUAGGGUAUUUUAUUUUGAAAAUAUUUUCUAACCUGAUAAAAAUGAACCAUAUCUGACAUAUUUGCUGAAACCCUGGGCUAUUUUAUUUUGGACGAGUUUAUUUUGUGGACAAGUACAUUAUUUUAAAACUUAUUAGGGUUGUUUAUCCUUAACUUAUUAAGGCCUAACUUACUUUUUAUUAAACAAGGUGGGGUUAUUGUUUUUGAACCAUCCAACCACCUUUUAAGGUUUUGACUAUGUCCGAAACUUAUUCAUCAUUGACUGGCUUAGUGUAUAUUUUCAACUUGAUCGUAGGCACAGGUGCUCUGACAUUACCAGCAGCAUUUUAUCGCUCUGGAUGGGCUUUGGGCUCAAUACUUAUGUGCAUUUUAUCUUUUGUUAGCUAUGUCACUGCAACAUUCGUAGUCGAAGCCAUGGCUACCAGCAAUGCUUUGCUCAAUUUUUCUAAGGCUAAACAACUCAGAAGGAUUGGUCAUUAUUUAGAUAUGGCUCAUCAGAUUUCUGGAUAUACAACAGAGAGUGAAGAGGAAAGCUACAGAUCACCUUCUGAAGAAUCUCCGCUCACUGCACCUGGGUCAAUCCAGAACUUCCCUUCAGAUCCUGUAGCCUUUUAUACAAUCGACAAUAAAGUUGAAAUGGGAGAGAUGGCUGCCCUACUUUUCAACCGAGGUGGCCGACUCGCAUUCUUCCUUUGUUUUGUAUCUUAUCUGUUCGGAGACUUGUCUAUCUAUGCCGCAGCCAUUGGGCAGUCUCUAGUGGACACAUACUGCAAGUCAACAAAUUUCACUGAUCCUGAUGAUAAACCGUGCCUGCCUAAUCAUUCCUACUCGACGAUAGAAGCCUACAGGGUAUUCCUGAUAACUUUUCUGCUGAUAUUUGGGCCCUUUGUGUUCUUCAACGUACAGAAGACGAAAUACAUUCAACUCUUCACAACACUUACAAGAUGGCUAGCGUUCACUGUGAUGAUCUACCUGACAGUGUCUCGUCUGCUAGACCCGUCAGUCCCCCACUCCUCCCCUCACCCUGCAGUUGUGUCGGGGUUCCCCUCUCUCCUCAGCUCAUGUGUGUACGCCUUCAUGUGUCAUCACUCCUUACCCUCACUCCUCUCUCCCAUCAGGAACAAGGAGAAUCUACAUCGCAAUCUAGCCGCAGACUACUUACUGGUGCUCAUGUUCUACCUCACACUCGCCGUUCCAGCUGUGUUUGCGUUCCCCCAUAUCAAUGAUUUGUUCACCCUCAACUUUGUUCCACAACCCGGAGACUCUGAGGAGUUGCAGAUUGCUGACUACUUCCUCAUCCUGUUCCCAGUUUUCACCCUCACUGCCAGCUUCCCUGUCAUCUCGGUUACACUGCGCAACAACUUGCAGUCAGUGGUGUCACCCAGCAGAUCCAAGCUACUGAGGCUAGUUAUCCUCCCACUGGCUGCUGUCGUACCUCCUGUUUUGUUGGCCGUGUUCCUCCCAAACCUGCAGUUUUUGGUUGGAAUAACUGGUGCUUAUGCUGGAGUUGGUAUCCAGUAUGUUAUCCCAGCCACACUUGUUAUGUCUUCCCGACGUAGUGUUCCAAGAGAACUGUCAUCUGUAGAGAACACCUUCGCUUCCCCCUUCAGACACCCAGCGUGGCCAUUGCUAGUCAUCUUGUGGGCAAUCAUCUGCAUAUCCUUUUCUUCAGUGCACAUUAUCAAACAACAUCUAGGCUCGUAACACAUCCUUCAUGUCUGUCAUCUGUAGAGAACACCUUCGCUUCCCCCUUCAGACACCCAGCGUGGCCAUUGCUAGUCAUCUUGUGGGCAAUCAUCUGCAUAUCCUUUACUUCAGUGCACAUCAUCAACCAACAUCUAGGCUUGUAACACAUCCUUCAUGUCUGUCAUCUGUAGAGAACACCUUUGCUUCCCCCUUCAGACACCCAGCGUGGCCAUUGCUAGUCAUCUUGUGGGCAAUCAUCUGCAUAUCCUUUACUUCAGUGCACAUCAUCAACCAACAUCUAGACUCGUAACACAUCCUUCAUGUCUGUCAUCUGUAGAGAACACCUUCGCUUCCCCCUUCAGACACCCAGCGUGGCCAUUGCUAGUCAUCUUGUGGGCAAUCAUCUGCAUAUCCUUUACUUCAGUGCACAUCAUCAACCAACAUCUAGGCUUGUAACACAUCCUUCAUGUCUGUCAUCUGUAGAGAACACCUUCGCUUCCCCCUUCAGACACCCAGCGUGGCCAUUGCUAGUCAUCUUGUGGGCAAUCAUCUGCAUAUCCUUUACUUCAGUGCACAUCAUCAACCAACAUCUAGGCUUGUAACACAUCCUUCAUGUCUGUCAUCUGUAGAGAACACCUUUGCUUCCCCCUUCAGACACCCAGCGUGGCCAUUGCUAGUCAUCUUGUGGGCAAUCAUCUGCAUAUCCUUUACUUCAGUGCACAUCAACAACCAACAACUAGGCCAUUGCUACAGUAUAGUGCGCAUCAUGAACCAAUAUCUAGGCUCAUUAUAUCCUUCAUGUCUGUUAUUUGCAGAGAAGUCCUUUCUUUUAUCCAUUUCAAUUAUUGCUAUUGAAGAAAACGUCUGUGAUGAUUUCACGAUAAAAUUGCGGAGACAAUGAUGAUCUCUAUACGACUGAGGGAGAUAUUCAAGGUUUUGCAGCGAUCAUGGAAGAUGAUGAUGAUGUUUCUGUGAUCGCAGGAGACAAUGAUGAUGUCCACACCACCCUGGGAGACUUUCAGGAUUUUGUUGCUAUCACAGAAGAUGAUGAUGAUGUUUUCGUGACCAUGGGAGAUGACAAUGAUGUCCAUACUACUGUUGGUCAUGUUCAGGAUUUUUCUGCGACCACAGCUUUACCUUCUCCAAUAAUAACUCUUUAUACUGUAGUUUCAGGUUUUUAAAAUUCUUUCUGUAAGCGAUUCAGAUUGUUGGAGUUCUACUAUAUUUCAAUUAGGUCAAAUCAAAGAGUUUUUUUUUGUUAUUUUUUGAUAUUGGGUUGCAUGAUGAAAAUUAAAGAGAGCCAUUUCAAAAGUAAUAUGAUUUUGUUUAUUUUAUAUUUUUAUCUACUGUCAUCGGUGAGCGUGAAAAAUAAACAAUGGGUUUUAAUAACUAGAGGGGAGAAAAAUGCUGUACGAGUAGCUCUUUAACUUAUAGUAAAAUAAUUCAAUUUAUGUUUACCUUUUUUGUUUACCGUUUUUUUUUUUUUCACUUUAAAGUUGUUAUUAUUUCAGCGAUUAAAAAAUGUUUUCAGGCUA